UAAUAACUCAAGAAAGUCAUAAAGAUUAUGUCCAUAUUACAUAUGGAAUCAUUUUAAUAUUAAGAACCGAAAGCUACCUAAUACUAGUAGUGAUAGCGACUUCCAUAAUCCUAAUGCAUAAUACAAAGCUUAGAUUAAAUUUCCUGUUCAAGAGGGUUAUUAGCAUGGCAUUCUCAUAUCUUUCAUUGCUAGUUCUUUCUGUGUUCUUAGUUUAUCCAUUCUAUGUCUUGGCAACAUCCGCAGACACGAACUUCACGUGUUCUGCCGACUCACCUCGUACGUGUCAAACGUACCUUACAUAUCGUGCCAGGUCACCUUAUAUGGAUCUUGGGAAUAUAUCCGAUCUCUUUGGUGUCAGCCGUUUGAGUAUAGCAGAAGCCAGCAAUCUCACCUCAGAAAAUGAAGAAAUACUUUAUGAUCAGCUUUUGCUGAUACCCAUUACCUGUAGCUGCAAUGGGACCAAAUAUUUCUCUAAUGUCACCUAUGAAAUCAAAAAAGGCGACAGCUUCUAUGUCGUUGCCACUACUGUCUUCCAAAAUUUGACCAAUUUUCAUGACGAUGAAAACUUCAACCCGACUCUAAAAGCAACCAAUUUGACAGUUGGUGAUCAAGCCGUUUUCCCUUUGCUCUGUAAGUGUCCUGCACAGUUACAGAACAGAGAUAAAUACCUUAUUACUUAUGUAUGGCAACCAAAAGAUGAAAUCUUACCUGUGAGCUUUAUGUUUAAUACAAGCUCUUAUGAUGUUGCAAGCGAGAAUAAUUUCCGUAAUUUUACUGCUGCUGUAUCUCUUCCAGUUCUUAUACCCGUCUCUCAAUUACCGUUCUUUCCUCCACCUCAACGCGUCUCUCCAAAAAGUAAAAAGUCAAAAAAGAUUAAUUUGAUAUUGAUCAUUUUAGGAAUUGUUGUAUCUUUCUUUCUUUUCAUUCUAUCGUGGGUUUUAAUUCACAAAUAUCGUUUGCGUAAAACCAAGAGAAUCCUGGCUCGUAAUGAGUCUUCUUUUGAGUUCACUGAUCUUCUGCACAUGAAAAAAGCUUCAAAACAAGAAGUUAUGUUACCUGUGAAAAACAAUCAAGAUAAGUUGCUUCCAGGGGUUUCAGGCUACCUAAGCAAACCAAUCAUGUAUGACAGAAAGGAGAUCAUGGAUGCAACCAUGAACCUCAGUGAAAGGUACCGAAUUGGAGGGUCAGUUUACAAGGCCACAAUCCAUGGUCGGAAUUUGGCAGUGAAGAAACUGAGAGAUGCAACUGAGGAACUAAAGAUUUUGCAGAGAGUAAACCACAUGAAUCUUGUGAAGUUAAUGGGCAUCUCCAAUGAUUUUGACGGGAAUUGUUAUCUGGUUUAUGAGUAUGCAGAAAACGGAUCACUCGAUAAAUGGCUGUUUCCAAGACCUUCUUCUUUGGGCAUUGCUGUUGAUGUUAUUCUCUCUUGGUCUCAAAGAUUGAAUGUAGCAUUAGAUAUCGCUAAUGGACUUCAAUAUAUGCAUGAACACAGUCAACCGAGCAUAGCCCACAGAGACCUCAGAACAAGUAAUAUACUUCUAGAUACCACUUUCAGGGCCAAAAUUGGAAAUUUUUCUGCAGCUAGACCUGCAAUAAGUUCAAUCAUGUUAAAGGUUGAUGUUUUUGCGUUCGGAGUUAUUCUCCUGGAGUUGCUUUCAGGAAAGAAAGCAAUGGAAACGAAAGACGAUGGAGAGAUUUGCAUGUCAUGGAAAGAAAUACGGAAGGUAAUAGAAGUCGAAGAGACGAGAGAAGACAAUUUGAGGUCAUGGAUGGAUCCAAAUCUAGGAAGUUUUUACCCGAUUGCGGGUGCUUUGAACAUGGCGUCAUUAGCUAGAGCUUGCACAUCAGAAAAGUCUGCAGAUAGGCCUGGAAUGACAGAAAUAGUGUUUAAUCUGUCUGUUCUUACUCAAUCGUCGACCGAAAUGUAUGAAACAUCUUGGACCUCUUCAGGUUUGGAGACAGAAGGUCCUCAUAUUAUCAGUCCAGUAGUAGCUCGUUGAAAUGUGCAAAUAUACUCGUAUAUUACCGUGUGAUUACUCAUAUUAAGUUAGCAGAUUGUAAAAAUUUUCUGUUAUAAUGUGUGUUGAAUAUACUUGGUUUAUUUGCAUA